CCGGUCGAAUGCACGUAUCAGAAGCGAACGCCAAGAAAUGUCGAUGGUUUUACUGUGGUACAGCCUUACUGAUCCUUUUAUACAUUGCCUUUUUAUAUCUGAUUAAAUAUUCCAAUUACCGCACCCGUUUGUUCCGCCAGGAAAUCACGCUAAUCGAUUCUGAAAGUGAACUGCAAGACAUGGGAGACAGACGAAGCUAUCGUCUGGGGUCCAUCGUAGAAUACGUUGGUACCACACCAGUGUGGAGAGUAUCGUCAGUGGAACAGCUUUACAAGCGAAUGUCGUGGACCUCAAUGCAACUCACCCUGUUUGUGUUGCUCACUGGCAAUUCAUUUGCGAGGAAACAGGAGCCAGAAAACUCGGAACAUAUGUUAAAAGCUGUUCUGUUUGAUUGUCAACCGAUGGCACCGCGCAUGCUUGAUAAAAUUAAAAUUCCUGUGUUUUUGUACAAAAACUGUUUCCGGUCAGUCAGUCAGUUUAUGACGUUGGGCAGUAUUCCAGACAGGGUAGCAAACCCAACAAAUAUAGAGGUGCCGUUUAACGUGCGCAAUCCGAUCUACAAUCUCUCUCGAGUGUACUUACUUCCGCUGAACAAAACCAGUUUAUCAAGACCAUGCCCAAUUGUGAGUGCAAGCCGUCGGGAGUCGCUGUAUCGGACUCUCCAAGAUUGGAUCAGAAUAGCCAAUCAGAGUAAAAUUUUAUGGUGGAUAACGUACGGAACGUUGCUCGGCUCUUGGAGAGAUGGAAACAUGAUACCGUACGAUUCGGAUGUGGACAUUAGUAUCCUUGGUUCUUACGAAAAGAGGCUUCGCGAACUGGCGACGGAUCGAAAGUCCAUACAAAAAGGGAAGUUUAAUCUGGUUACUCGGCCAGGAGAACACUGCGUUACAUCCCCCGGACUGCGUCUCGAUUGCGGUGGUCGUAAUGUGACAUCUCUGCGGGACACUUGCUCAUUCUGCGGACCACUAGCUCGUAUGUUUCGCCAAUACGGAGAAUAUAUCGACAUAUAUCCGGUUCACCUGGAAGUUCGCAUGGAUGUGGCAAACAACCCCAUCGAAUUUGGCUACCUUGAUGAGGGGAUGGAUAGAGACCGUGUUGAACCUGCGAGUGUGAUAUUUCCUCUCCGAAACUGCAAGUACAUGGGUUUGAAUGUCCCCUGCCCCAACGAUCCCGAAAGGUUCUUGACUUCGGUUUAUGGGAAAGAGUUUGCUUUGCCAAAAUCUCGUUGCUCUCAAGAGACAGGAAGGUGGACAUAAUCAGACGGACUAACGUGAAGACACCAUAGUGGUGUUUCAAACUGGCAUUCAAGACUUAGAUUUACUACUUACUUUUUGCAUAUCCACCGUUAUAUGUGAUAGAUUUACGGAGAUUAGUGAGGCUCUUAAAUGCGUAUCACAAAUAUGGACUUCCGGCUCUGAAAUUGUAAGGGCACGGGCAACCUCCUCUACGUAGAAUCACAUGAUACUUCUUUAUUUUUUUCCUUUUAAUGUUCCUCUGAGAAAUUUUACCCUAUUUUACUCCACAAAAGAGGAUUUAGGACAUUUCUGUAGAAGGUUGCUACUGAGCAGACCGCAGUAGACGACACACGCUCUACAAAACAUGUUCUGUGUUGCAUUCCAAACUAUCAUUAUUUUUUGGAAAAUACUUUUAUAGAUA